AAAAAAAUGAUGGUGUUAUUAAAUUAAACAUAUAGCAACAAUAACAAAAAUCUGAAUUGCAAAUCAUAUAUGCAAAUGACAUUACUCAUCAACAACAAGAACCUCCUUAAAUGCAUCUUCCUUUUCCCGAACCCUUGAUUCAUCUUCAAACGCAUUUCGCUCAUCACGGCGAUCCAAAUCUAGAACAACAACAACAACAACAUGGCAACGGAGAGAUUCUCUUCUCCGCCAGCCACAUCUCAAGAAGAAAACGCUCUUUUUCUGGAUAUACUGCAUGAAGCUCCUUUGUUUGCUCAUCGCAAACCUGCAAGAAUUGUUGCGAGUGUUUUCUAUUGUAUACUAUUGGCCGGUUAUACUACUUUGGCUGUAGGAGCUGAGUGGAUAUUUCAUCCCGUCCGAGAAUUGAUAUCUCCUGUGUUAUGUAGUUGUGAUGUUCUUCUUAUGCUGUUGACAGGAAUCUUUCAACAAUAUCUGGUUUAUCAAGUGCAUAAGAUACGGUUGCAGGGCUAUUAUAGUUUCAGCCAGAAGUUGAAAUUUAUUGUUCGCAUACCCUUUGCCAUUACAGCUUAUGGAACUGCUGCAAUGCUACUUGUUAUACUCUGGAAACCUUACACUGGGUUUCUGUCAAUCUCUGCAAUAUUGAGGAUUAUUAUGGUAGUCGAAGCAUUAUGUGCUGGAUGUUUUAUGUGCCUUUAUAUCGGUUACAUACACCAGUACAAUUCAUUGAACUCCCAUCCUGAUGUUCUGAAGUCCUUGUAUUCACCACUACAACCAUCAAGUUCUCUGGAGGGUCUAAGGUACCAUGAUGGUAGGCUCUCUGAUCAGCAAAUGGCAUUGUUGCAAUAUCAACGUGAAAAUCUUCAUUUCUUGAGUGAAGAGAUUCUUCGUUUGCAAGAGUCUUUAAGCAAAUAUGAACGGACUGACGAUCGGAGCACACCUCAGGUUGACCUUGCGCAUCUACUAGCAGCCCGUGAUCAAGAGUUGCGUACAAUAUCUGCAGAGAUGAACCAAGUGCAAUCUGAACUAAGGCUUGCACGGUCCUUGAUUGCUGAAAAGGACUCAGAAAUCCAACGUGUUCGCAUGACUAACAAUCAGUAUGUAGAAGAGAAUGAAAGGCUCAGAGCUAUUUUAGGAGAAUGGAGCACCCGAGCUGCAAAGCUUGAGCGAGCACUGGAGGCCGAGCGGAUGUCAAAUAUUGAAUUACAGAGGAAGAUUUCAAUGCACAGAAAUCAAACACAUGUAGAAGCAACCGAUCAUGGAGCAUAGUUCACUAACUGGGCAAAUGCAUAUUUGAUAUUCUCAGUUCAUGUGGAGCAUUUCACCUCGUUCUUACUGUUAAAAUCAUGCAGUGAAUUUGUAUCUGUGAACCAUCACUGUAGUGUGUAGUUCCAUUGUACAUACUAUAUUAGUUCCAAACAGGGUUUUAUUUUUGUGCUAAAUGAAAUCAACAAUGAUCUAGUUUGAUUUUCGAUUUUGUGCUCUUGUAUGAUCGAAGUUUGUAUUUUUCUUGUAAAGUGUUUGGUAGCAAAGAAGGAAAUUUCUAUUUAUCCAUA